CCAAUUGGAGUUCGAGUCGUCCAAUAACUUGCAAUGUAAUUGGUCAUUCACGUGUCGUUUGCACUUUUUGUUGUAUGUUUGUCCAGUCCCUAUCGACAAUGUAUUUCUGAGUGACAUAAUUACCGACCAUUUAGCGCCUCGCCGGCUUUGCUGUCGUUGGACGAUUUCAUUGUUGUAGGCGGGUCUUGAGAAACUAGUGGCGUUUUGUGACGAGAUGAAAAUGGCGGCGGAUGGCCGACUGCCGACUUUAUCGGAUAUUAUACAUAUAAAACUGCGAUUUUAAACCAGCGUUCUCUGUCGAUUUUAACAGAACUUAAUUGUCAUUUAAUAUUACCCGAUUUUAAUGAUUUCCUAAACUCUUUGGGUGGAGUUUUCCAAAAGACAAAACGGAAAGUUCCCUUGGAAAUAAUAGAUUGUUCGCUGUCUGCGGUUGCAUUUUAAACUCGGACGUUCGUUUCAGUUUAGCUAACAGUUUGUUGUUCAGCAUAAGAAAAUGUGUGUGAACUAACGUUACUUGCCGCAAAUAACCCAGGACUGGUAACCCCCCCCCCCCCCUCACCCCCCUAAAACUAGCCAGACAAGUGUCUAAAUUGUAUCAAUAGUAAGCUACACUCCAUAGCUAACUUUAGCUAUAACACGCUAAACGCUAGAUAAUGUACCACACUAUAAUCCCAAAUGCAAUAUUGGCGCUAUAAACACAAACAAAAAUUUGCUAGUUAAUCCCAUUCUCUCGGUAGGGUUUUGUUUUAGUGAUCGACAACCAUGCUUCCCUUUAGUGGGGGAUAGCUAGCCUCUUUACUAUUUCACUAGCUAUGUCCUAGUGGUAAUUAUCUACCGUUAGCUGUAAAAAAAAAAAAAAAAAACUACGUUACAAUGUGUAAACGCUCUUUAUUCGUACGGUGUUUUUUAAUCAAAUCAAAAUGUAUUAACUUGGCUACGUUGCUGACUGUAUUUUAGAUUUAGUUUGUCCGAUUUGAAAGGCUAUUUUAACCCGCAAGUGACAGUAGACAUAGCUAAUUUCUAGUAGUGUAAUGUUUAAUAAGUUAGUUUAGCUCUGUCAAAUAAAGUAAAACUACAUUUCCAAUCACGAGCUAGUUGUAGUGUUCAGCAGCUUGACAGCGCAGUCAGGUACCCACGUGUAUCGGCGAACCGCCUACCAAAGCAGUCCACUGUCUCAAGUGAAAGUCAUUAAACAUGGAAGAUAAGCGUCGACCACGAUUCAGCAAGCGACUGCGGUCGGGCACGAGGCGGCGCUACCAUGACGAUGGUAUCUCGGACGACGAGAUCGAGGGGAAGAGGACCUUUGACCUGGAGGAGAAGUUGAGGAGCGAAAGGUUCACCUCAGACAGGGUGAAACGCAUGGAGGGGAAAGACCUCACGUUUGAGUACAUCCAAAGAGGUGGGUUGAGGGACCCGAUCAUCUUUGAGAAGCCAGACGGACUGGGCAUCAAGAUGCCAGAUCCAGACUUCAGUGUGAACGACGUCAAGAUAUUUGUUGGCAGCAGGCGUAUGAUUGACGUGAUGGAUGUGAGCACUCAGAAGGGUAUAGAGAUGUCUAUGGCCCAGUGGCGACGUUACUACGAGACGCCCCCCUCCCAGAGGGACAAACUCUACAACGUCAUCAGCCUGGAGUUUAGCCACACCAAACUGGAGAACCUGGUCCAGAGGCCUACAUCGGUGGACAUCAUAGACUGGGUGGACAACAUGUGGCCUCGGCACCUGAAGGAGAGACAGAGAGACUCCACCAACUCCAUCACAGACAUGCAGUACCCCAAAGUGCAGAAGUACUGUCUAAUGAGUGUGCAGGGCUGCUACACGGACUUCCACAUUGACUUCGGAGGUUCCUCGGUCUGGUACCACAUACUGCGGGGAGGCAAGGUGUUCUGGCUGAUCCCGCCCACGCCUCAGAACCUGGAGCUGUAUGAGGACUGGGUGUUGUCAGGGAAACAGGGAGACAUCUUCCUGGGAGACAAGGCCCAGGACUGUCAGAGGAUAGAGCUGAAGCAGGGCUAUACCUUCAUGAUCCCUUCAGGUUGGAUCCAUGCGGUCUACACUCCAGUGGACACCCUGGUGUUUGGGGGAAACUUUCUCCACAGCUUCAACAUCCCCAUGCAACUCAACAUCUACAGCAUUGAGGACAGAACACGGGUACCAGCUAAGUUCCGUUACCCGUUCUACUAUGAGAUGUGUUGGUACGUGUUGGAGAGAUACCUCUUCAGUCUGACCAACACCUCCUACCUCACGCCUGACUUCCAGAAACACUCCCUGGGCAUCGGUCUUACUAGAGACCCCUCCACCUGUGAGUCGGUCAACGGCCACACACAGAAGGAGGAUGAAGAGGAGGCUCCCCCGACGCGGGGCUCUAAGCCCGGGGUGAAGGUUCACCUGACCCCCUUUGAGCUGGAGGGGCUGUGGAACCUGCUGGGGAAGCUGGAGUCACUGCCCUCACAGAAGAACUGUGUCCCGGCGGGCAUACACAAUGCUCCCGCGCUGCUGCACGACAUCAGGGCCCUGCUGAAGGAGCAUGCUAAUGACAUCCCCAAACUGUCCUACACUGGAAAGCCCAUCGUCAAGUGGCCCACUAGGCCGUCGUGGUACCAGCCUCCUCCCCCUCCUCCGCCGGUGGCUCGUCCCAAGCUGUCUGCCACGGUGGUGACCCCGCGCCCCCAGAAGCCCGCCUCCUCCAUGUCCGUGCUGCGGCGGCGGCGCGUGCGGUGUAAGCGCUGCGAGGCGUGCGUCAGGACGGAGUGCGGGGACUGUAACUUCUGCAGGGACAUGAAGAAGUUCGGCGGGCCGGGGAAACUCAAACAGACCUGCGUGCUCCGACAGUGUCUGGCGCCGGGUCUGCCCCUGUCAGUGGUGUGUGAGCUCUGUGGAGAGGGGAACCAGGAGGGAGGAGAGGGGCCAGUCUUCGCCCUCACCCUCAUGGAGUGUUCCAACUGUGCCCAGAUAGCCCACCCCGCCUGCCUCAAGGUAACAGGGGAGGGUGUGGUGAACACAGAUCUGCCCAGCUGCUGGGAGUGUCCCAAAUGUGUUCUGGGAAUCACCGACACUGAGGUGAAAGGGGACAAGAAUAAAAUGUUACACGCGAAACGCAAGUCUUCUUCGUAUCUCGACGGCCGCAUCGCCAAGAUCUAUCGUCGCCGAGACGACGACGAUGACUCAGGCAGCGAUGAUGACGACGACGACGAUGAUGAGGAUGAUGAUGAUGAUGAAGGCUCCAGGGGCGGAGGAGGCGGCGCGGGAAGGAAGAUGUCCGGACCACGCCCUCGCGGCAGUGGCUCCGCCUCUCGAAGAGGCUACGGGACUGGGAGGCGAGGCAUUUGGAGAGGCUCCUCCCACAGAGGGGCAGGUCGUGGGAGCGGGCUGGCCCCUCACUCCUCCCUGAAGAUGAGGCGUGGCAGAGGGGGGCUGGGGGUGGGGCGAGGGGACAGGGAGGGGGGGCGCAGGGAGAGAGGCGGGAGAGUGCGCCUCCGGGGAGGCACCAGGAUGCAGAGACGCAGGGACGAGUCAGAGGACGAUGAUGAUGAUGACGACGACGAUGAAGAUGACGACAGCGAGGAAGAUCCGCAGCAUCACCACCGGCAACGCCGCAGGCGGAGGAGAACGGACGACGAGGAAGACGACGAUGAAGACGAGGAAGACAGCUCUGCUCGGGACCUGGAGGGGGAGGAUGAGGAUGUGGACGAUGAAGACGAGGAUGAGGAAGACGACGAGAACCAGUCAGACUCCGAACCAGAGCCUCCCGUUCUCCUGGUGUCUGACCUUAACGACGACUUCCUAAACGGCUCGUACCUGACAGUGACCCUACAACGCCCCCCCAGGGCUAAACGCCACCCCGGCUCCAUCGUGCCCAAGCUGGAGGCCGCCAUGUCUCCCAGAACCCACGGCGGCGGUCCAGGUUACGUCCAGCAUAAAACCCUCGGGAAGACGCGGCACAAAAACGGCACGGUCGCUGCCGGCAACGGCCUGGCACAGCCCGCCAAGAAUCCAGUGGGCCGGCCGCCUCGUCACCGUAUCAACAAUCCCCACGGCGACACAGCAGACAGGGAAAGAGAGAGGGACAAUGCCUCUCCUUCCUCCUCUGACUCCUCGGCCUCCCCCACCCCUCCUCCCCACUCCUCCCACUCUCCUUCCUCGCUCCUGUCGCUUCCCUCCUUCAAGGAUGUAGGAAACGAGAAAGGAGGGGAGAAGGAGGUGUGGGUGGCGGUGUUCCGUUACCUGAGCAGAGCCGAGCUGGCUAGCUGUAUGACUGUCUGUAAGGCCUGGUACAAAUGGAGUUGUGACAAGCGUCUGUGGAGUGGUGUGGAUGUAUCGCGUUGUCCCUCUCUCUCCUCCCAGGCCCUGCAGGGCAUCAUCAAACGUCAGCCCACCUCCCUGGACCUCUCCUGGACCCCCGUGUCCAAGAAACAGAUCACCCUGCUCAUACACCGCCUGCCAGGUCUGAAGGAGUUGAUGAUAGCAGGUUGCUCCUGGUCGUCCAUGUCAGCCCUGUCCACCCCCAGCCUGCCGUGCCUCCGUACCCUGGACCUGCGCUGGGCAGAGGGGGUCAAAGACACCCAGAUCAGGGACCUGGUCACACCACCAGGUUGUGACAGUCGGUCUCGGCUGCGUGGCUGUGUGGUGCUGCGUCUAGCUGGCCUGGACAUAAGUGACUCCACCCUGAGGCUGAUUCUCCGUCACAUGCCCCUGCUAGAGAGGCUGGACCUGGCCCACUGCAGAGACCUCACUGACCAGUCCAUCUGCCUGCUCACCGCCGCCGGCACACACACACGUAACACACUCACGGAGAUCAACCUCGCAGGCUGUAACAAGCUGACGGACGGCUGUCUGGCGUACCUGAAGAGGGCGUCUGGCCUGGGGCUGCUGGACCUGCGGGGCUGCAAAGGUGUGACGCGGCAGGGCUGCGAGGGCUUCAUCUCGGACCUUUCUCACUGCGUCCUGUUCUGUAUGACGGAGGAGAAACUCAUCCAGAGGAUAUCGUAAAACCGACGCCCCCCCCCCCCCUCGUUCGUACCCCUACGCAAGGGGCACACAGAGACCCCACACCAGCCAGGGGGGAGAGAGGGGGAGCAGCAAACACCCCUCCCCCGAAACGGAGAACAAGCGCUCCAGGAAAAAAGGAGGGCGAGCAAAAGAAAAAGGUGUAAAGACGUUCGCACUCCUCACUACGGGUGAUAGAAGGAAGACAUGGAGGGGUGGUGGAAGGAGAGGGUAGAAUGUGCUGUUGCAGCGUCAUGUGUUUAUUAGGAGGGUUAGGAAUUCUGAAUAGCACAGACACUUGUUAGUGUUGUUCACGCUACAUGGCUGAAAAUGGGAACCCUAUGGAUUGAAUGUGGGUGUUUGUAAGAUGUGGUCCCACAAAGCCGUAGAGUGAAUCAGGGUUUAGAUUUCAGAGGGGGUUGAGAGGGAAGGGGACUGGAGAAGGGGACUGGAGAAGGGGACUGGAGAAGGGGACUGGAGAAGGGGACUGGAGAAGGGGACUGGAGAAGGGGACUGGAGAAGGGGACUGGAGAAGACUCCGACAUGACUGGUAUCCCACUAGGUCCAGACUCUAUGCUGAACUUUCCAUGGACUCCUUGGGAAACCGAGCCGUCGGGAUGAUUAAAUGCGAACGGGUGCCAAACCUGUCCUAGAACCCCCCCCCACCCCGCUGUCCCUCCUUCUUUUCGCACCAUCCUCACCCCUCUCCGUUUGAUACGCUCACAGCCGUGAGGUUUUUUUGGGAUGAAAACCGUACUGUAUCGCUCAUUAGUUUGCGUCCCAAAUGGAGCCCUAGUCAAAAGUAGUACACUAUAUAGGGAAUAGGGUGCUAUUUGGGACAAAUACAUAGUCUCUCUUCAGUUUUACUUGACUCCCUUUCUCACUACCAGCCACUACAGGUCUUAACGUUAUAGUCUUUGAAUUCCCUCAUUUGACAGAAUAUUUUCCUCCUCCUGUCGUAUUCAUCUCUUUCCUUUCUGUGUCUUUUUAGAGGUGUAACGUUUUGUUCAUCCCUCUCUCUAUCCCCCAUAAUGUUAUUGUUAGUGUUGAACCAGAGGGCUCGUGGGUUGUGUCCCAAAUGUCACCCUAUUCCCAAUAUAGUGCACUACUUUUGAAAAAGAAGUGCACUAUAUAGAGAAUAGGAUACCAUUUGGGCUGCAACCUUUAUCUUGGUGAAUUGUGUUGGUUGCCCUACUGCAGUUGCUCAAUGGGACUGGAACAUGCCUGUAGCAUUGCAAUCAAUUACCGUAUAUAAAUAUUUUCUGAAAUGUUUUGCAGAAAUUCUUUUUUUUUUUUUUUCAU